UGUUUUUUUUUUCCUUCUGAAAAGGGUAAAAAAAAGCAAUUCCUUUUGAUGAAAUGUUGAACAGCAAUAAAAGAUUAAAUCUUCCACUUUUUAUAGGCACUGUGAAAGUUUGAAUAAAACUGUUUAAAAGGGAGAAUAAAAGUUACAGUGCAAACUACAAAUGAAUAGUCCCAAAUGUAAUUCAAAUAAAAGGCAGUGGCAAAUGGAAAGGUCGUAUGCCUCGAUUUAAAAAUAACAAUUGUUUUCUUGAAGUUCAGACAUGUGGUGCAUAAAAACUGAGCACUGCCUCUCAAUGUUUUAACCCUGGGGACGGUAAGCAAAUACUGCAUAAACUAAUGUUUUAUUUAUUAGUAGCUUCAUAUUUCGUGUGCUGUAUUGACAAUAUGGAUGCACCCACAUCUCUUGUGUGCCCGUCAUUAGCUCACCUUUGUUUAGUUUUUCAGUGCACUCGACCAUUUUGCCCAAGUAGAGAGUGUAGUGCUUGGCUGUGUAUUGGAUGGGCUUUAGUCCUGGUACACUCUCCAUGGCUUCAUCGGACAUGAAGGCAGCCUGUUCUGGAGCUCCUGCUGCCAACAUAGCUGGAUCAAAAUGGACAGUCAGCCCCCAAGCCAUGCUGAGUGCAUCCAUGAGGUGAAUACAAACUAUUUAUACAUAGCAGGGAGUCCCGGCCACUCAAUCCGCCAGUGUAAGGACGACUCUGUGCACUAACUGAGAAGGCUUUCACUUUGUGCUUUAAAAAGUAUCACACAGAUGUUUUAUCAAUAGGAAUACUUUUAUCAAUUUGCUGAAAGCAGAAUCGAUACAGUGUCUUCAGAAACAGAAGGGAGACGCUGUGCUAACCUGAGGCGGUGGCCGGGCCUACGCCUUUCAGGGAGCUGAGCUCUGCGAUCGCUGCCUGCACAUCAGGCAGGAGGCUGAAGGCCUUUCUGGAACACGUCUCCACGGUGUCCUCACUGUUGGAAGCCACCAGCUGCUGCAGCCUCGGCCUGAACUUCCCCCUCUGCAGGAAAGCAUACGGGGCCACUCAAGGACACAGCUGAUGCACCUGCUGGAAAAGCAGCAAAAUCAAGUGCUGUUCACCUGAUGCAUCAGUGAAAUCACGGUUGCCUGCUCCAGGAACAUGGAGAAGAUGUCGCGUGUUACCACAGCCCACAGCAGCAGUGCCAUCAGUGGCCGAACGAUGUUCUGCCACUUGGACGCACCGGCCAACGCCAUCAGCGUGUGCCGGGAUGCCACGCAGGUGGUGGUAGCCGGCCGCAACAUCUUCAAGAUCUACGCGCUGGAGGAGGAGCAGUUUGUGGAGAAGCUGAAUCUACGCGUCGGCCGCAAACCCUCGCUCAACUUCAGCUGUGCGGACGUCAUGUGGCACCAGAUGGAAGAGAACCUGCUGGCCACGGCUGCCACCAAUGGGGCGGUGGUCACCUGGAACCUGGGGAAACCCUCUCGUAACAAGCAGGACCAGCUGUUCACAGAGCACAAACGCACCGUCAACAAGGUGUGCUUCCACCCCACAGAGGUUUACAUGCUGCUAAGCGGCUCGCAGGAUGGCUUCAUGAAGUGCUUCGACCUGCGCAAGAAGGAGUCGGUCAGCACUUUCUCAGGUCAGUCAGAGAGUGUACGGGACGUCCAGUUCAGCAUUAAGGAUUAUUUCACGUUUGCUGCAACCUUUGAGAAUGGCAACGUCCAGGUGUGGGACAUCAGGCGGCCAGACCGCUAUGAGCGAAUGUUCACCGCCCAUACCGGCCCUGUGUUCUGCUGCGACUGGCACCCUGAUGACAGGGGAUGGCUGGCGACAGGGGGCAGGGACAAGAUGGUGAAAGUGUGGGACAUGACCACAAACCGGGCCAAGGAGAUCUAUUGUGUCCAGACGAUCGCCUCAGUGGCGCGGGUUAAGUGGCGGCCUGAGAAGAAGUUUCAUUUAGCCACCUGUUCCAUGAUGGUGGAUCACAACAUCUACGUGUGGGACGUCCGCAGACCUUUCAUUCCCUUCGCCACAUUCGAGGAGCACAAGGAUGUGACCACUGGUAUUGUGUGGCGCCACCAGCACGACCCUCACUUCCUGCUCUCUGGCUCUAAGGACAGCACACUCUACCAGCACAUGUUCAAGGACGCCACUCGUCCCGUGGACAAGGCCAACCCCGAGGGUCUGUGCUUCGGACUGUUCGGUGACUUGGCCUUCGCAGCCAAGGAGAGUCUGAUCAGCAGUGACGCCAACAGAAAGCCUUACCCCGGAGGCGACCGGCGCUACCCCAUCUUUUUCUUCAAGAAGCCCGACCCGACAGAACAGUUUGCCCAUGUGUCCAGCGCCCUUAGUGUCUUUGAGACAGACUUGGACAGUAACUGCAUGGACUGGUUUGUCAAGACGGCACAACUCUACCUCCUCUGUGGGAAGCCCUUUGCUGAGCUGUGUGAUCACAAUGCCAAGGUGGCCCGGGAGCUCAAGAGACCUCAGGUUUCCACAACAUGGACCAUGUUGAGAAUUAUGUUCUCUGACCCAGCAAACCCCACAACGCCCGGUCUGAACCACAGCCUCAGUAAACUGGGCACCUUGCCUUUAAUGAACAGUUUCAGCAUGAAGGAAAUGGGUCCAGAGGGCAGACUGGAGCGCAGUAAAGGAGAGAGCAGGCAGGACAACGCCCACCUGGAGCCGGGGAUCUUGCACAUCAGCAAUAAUAAUGAAGAAAAUGAGGAGACGGAGGGCAGCGAGGGCCAGGCUGAGUAUAUGUUUGGGGAUGCUGAGCUGGAUGACGAUGACCUCUACUCUAUGGAGCACGAAAACCAAACGGAAGAGCAGGAGUGCACGCUGCCCCAGGAGGCCUUCCAACUGCGCCAUGAGAUCAUGGACAACCCGUCCGCUCCGGAGCACCUUCAACAGGACAAGGCCGACUCCCCGCACGUCAGCGGCAACGAGGCAGAAGUCACCUGUCUGACACCCAUUGAGUCCUUCUCCCUCAUCUCCAUUUCCCAGCCGCUGUUUAGUCCACAUUUACCCGCCAGCUUCUUCUGUCCCAUCGUGCGGGAGAUGCUGAGCUACUACGCCGAGCAGGGCGACGUGCAGAUGGCCGUGUCUGUGCUCAUCGUCUUGGGGGACAGGAUCCGCAAAGAGAUCGAUGACCUCACACAGGAGCACUGGUACAUGUCCUACAUCGACCUGCUGCAGCGGUUUGAGCUGUGGAACGUGUCAAAUGAGGUCAUCAAGUUGAGUACGUGCAGCGCCAUCACCUGCCUGAACCAGGCGUCCACAACACUUCACAUCAACUGCAGCAACUGCAAGCGGCCAAUGAGCAACAAGGGCUGGAUUUGUGACAGGUGCCACCAGUGUGCCAGUGUGUGUGCAGUGUGCCACCAUGUGGUUAAGGGACUGUUUGUGUGGUGUCAGGGCUGCAGCCACGGUGGACAUCUGGAGCACAUCAUGAACUGGCUCAAGAGCAGCGCCCACUGCCCCGCUGGCUGCGGCCACCUGUGUGAGUACACCUGAGCCCAUCACGAGCACUGUUCACACAGCCGGUGCUCUGUGGGAUUGGGAAUUGGUCCCCACACCGGCCUCUGGAUCUCACACAAAGCACAUUCCUCCACAUGGGCUUGGAGUCCCUUAUCUGUGUGUGUGUGUGUGUGUGUGUGUGUGUGUGUGUGUGUGU